AUGAAUUUCGGGCGCGCCUUCAAGCAGACCUACGAAAUCUACAUCGAGUGGGUUCAAGAAAGGGGCGGUUUGCUUGUGAAUGGCACCUGGAGGCCAGUUGAGAUACGAGUGGGAAACGACAUGUCUGAGGCAGAGAAUGUGAGAGCGGUCUUCGAGAGGCAUGUUUACGACGGUGUGAGUCUUUGGCUCAGCACCUACUCUUCUGGGCUAUCCCUUGUGGCAGCAGAUGUGGCCAACAGCUCUGGUGCCUUGUUGGUGGCUCAAUCUGCAGCUUCCACAGCCAUCACUAAAGAUCGCCCGACUGUUUUCAAUGUCAACCCACCUGCGCGGAACUAUAUGCGGGGCUCGUUCGAGGCCCUCGUUGCCAGCGGGAUUGGGACAAUCGCUGGUUUCUACGAAGACAGCGGCGGGCCGAGGGCGGUUUGCAGCCCACUGCAGGACCUCGCAUCGGAGUACAACAUGACCUUGCUAAGCAACCAGGAGAUACCCUUGUCCGCAAAUGGCUCCGUCGUGAAGGACCUGGUAGCAGGCCUGAAAGCUGCGCGUCCCGAUGCCGUUUUCGGGUGCGUCUACGAGCAGGUGUGCCACAGCUUUGUGGAGGAGAUGCUUGAGCAGCAGUUCGAACCCAAGGCCGUGAUUUUCACGGCCUGCGUGACGUCGGACAGCAUCUCUCAGCUGGGUUCCAAGGGGAGGUGGCUCACCGCGGUGACUUCGUGGCUGCCCUCCAUGCCACACCAGUCGGAGGAGACGGGCUUUUCCGCUGCAGAGUUCGGCGCCCUUUACAGGUCCAAGUACACGGAGGACCCGCCGUACCAAGCUGCUGCUGCGUGGGCUGCCAUCGUCAGCUUGGGGAGGGCUGUUGAGAUGGCGAACUCGACGGAACCAGCUAUGGUCUCCGCCCAGCUGCAACGUCUGGACCUGGAAACACUGUACGGCCGAGUCUCCUUUGACGAGCACGGCCAAACUCCCAUGGACUUCAAGGCUGUUCAGCUGCAAGAGGUGGGCAAGCCGCCAGUGGUCGUGUCACCCUUGCACAAGGCCGUCGCACCGUUGCGGCUCAUGCCGUCCUCAUCAGAGCGGCAGUGCGCCAGCGAGGCACCCUCUGCUUAUGGGAACGAUGAGUCUGGGACCUGUGUGAGGUGUCCCGACAGCUCUUUCUCUUUGUGGAAUCGCUCUCUGCGGGUGCGACGGUGCAUCUUCUGCCCUCCAGGCGGCUCCCUGGACCAGGAUGGCGUUUGCUCGCCCUGCGCGCCCGGGAAGGUGUCCAUCACGGCGGGCCAGCGGGCCUGCACCAACUGCAGCGCAGGAUACUAUGCGGAGGCCAUGGGGCAAAGCCGCUGCGAAAUCUGCCCGGUGGGUAUGUUCAGCAGCUCCAGUGGGCUGACGCAGUGUACGAACUGCACCGCCGGGUUGUUCAACAACGAGGCUGCCCAGACUUCUUGCCGGAGCUGUGCUCCAGGAACCAUCAGCACAGAGGAUGCGGCCUCGAAGUGCACUCCCUGCAGCUCCGGGGAGUAUGCGCCAAACUUCGGCAUGACGUCCUGCAGCCAGUGCCAGGCCGGCUUCACGACGUUCAUGGAGGGCUCCAGCGCCAAAGAGCAGUGUACACUGGCUCACACUUUGCUUGUUUUUGCACAUGCCCUGCUUCCAGAUACGUUGCUUUUCACGGCCGCCGGGCCAGCCCUCGUCUGGGCCUACACACAGCGCAUCCGCCGGCGUCUGAAGGCGGCGGAAGAAAGGCACAAAGCAGUCCUCGAGAGCAAGGUCAAAGAAGGUGUGGAUUCCAUCACCGAGCUUGCGCAUCCUAUGGUGGUGACACGAGCCGACAUCUUCAUGGACCUCUCCUUCGAACAGAUUGGAGAGCUGCACGAAGGUGCGCGCGACAGAGGGAUCCUCACCUAUAUGGACUCGAAGUCCAGCAUCCACGCGCAUUGGAAGCAAGAGCCGAACUCACGGAUUGUGUUCCUGAGUUACCAGUGGCUCUCGUGGAACCGCCACGGCCCCAACACCACGCAGUUCGAGGCCAUGCGUCAGGCAGUCGCACGAUACGCAGAGUCGAUGGAGCUGACGCCAAGCGAGGUCUACGUUUGGUUGGACGUGCUGUCCAUCCCGCAGUACCACAAGGGUGUGCAGCUUCUAGCCGUGAACUCCCUCUACACGUACGCGUCUUCCGCCGAUGCGCUGCUCAUUGUCGCCCCGGACUCUGUGCAUGCGGAGACUGGGCAGGUGGCGAACCUCCAGACAUACAAAAGCAGAGUCUGGACCCGCAUGGAGCAGAUUGCGCACAUGACGGCACACGAUCUGGGUUCCAUGCUGAUAUUUUCCGAGACCGGGUUAGAGCCCGUCACAGAGCAGUGGGUCCGCGACGUCGUGCGGCUGUUCGACGGUGAGAUGACUUGCUGCAGGCUCAACCACCAUGGCAAGGAUAUCUGCGACAAGGAAACCUUGGUCGUUCCUCUGCUUGGCGUCUGGUUUGUGCUGAGAAGCUGGAUGGAUCAGAAACCAACCGGCGAAGACAGCCUGGAGGCACCACCUGGAGCCCAGCUUGUCUACCGUCUCAUGCGCGAUCAGAUGGACACUGUCUUCCCACCCACGUUCCAAUUUAACACGAAGGCCGGAUUCGAAGAGCGCGAGCUUUUCGGCAGCCUGAUCGAACACCUGGAAUCUCAUCUCCACGUCCUGAUGUCUGACAGCGACGUGGCGUUGAGAUCGGAGGAAGUCCUCCGAACCCCAAGGGCCUCUUUGAGGUCGUGCGUCUCGAACGAGAGCGAAGAAGAUGCCGAUGUAAUACAGAUGUGA